AUGUAAUCUAAGACAUUUAGGUCAUUUUUUGAUGAAUAGACUAUAGAUUCUUCUUUUUGGUAAAAGUCAAUAUCCUAAAUAAAUAUUGAAAAAAUUGAACAUCAGUUUAUGCUUUUUGAGAAAAGUUAAAAAACUGGAUUCUGGGUAAGUAAAAAUUAUAUAAUUUAUGAUUCUAAAUUAAUGAAGCUGAGAGUAAAACUAUAUUAUUUUAUUUAUAAGCCAAAUAAAUAAACAAUCCAUUAAAUCAAUCUUAAUAUGAGUAGAAUAGAAAAAAUUAAAUAUUAGAAUGAUCAAGAGAAGGAGAGUUGUAAUAGAGUAAUAAUAUCUUAUAAAUAACAUAUUAGAAGAAGUAUGGGAUCAGAAUUAUUAGAAAUUAGAGAUGUCGAGAAUUCUAUUCAAGAUCAAAAGAAAUAAACCAAAAAAUAUGGGAAGAAUUAAAAAAAUAGUCACUAUAGAUAACAUUCAAACAUGAUUAUGAUAUUUAAAAAAUGAUAGGAAAAGGAAAUUUUGCUAAAGUAUUUGAAUGUUCUUCUAUUUUUUAGGUGUAUCUUUGUAACAAAAAAUCUGAUAAACAGUAAUUUGCUGUAAAAGUUUUCGAAAAAAGUAAAAUGAUAAACACUGAAACUGAUAGAUUGGCUUUAUUGAAAGAAAUAUCCAUACUGAGAAAGUUGAAUUACAAGGGAUUUAUCAAAUUACAUGAAGUCUAUGAGGAUGAGACACAUAUCUAUUUAGUUUAAGAGUAUUUAUAAGGAGGAGAAUUAUAUCAGCAUAUUAAAAAAAAUUAAAAACUGCCAGAAAAUAUUGUGGCUGGAAUCAUAGCCACUUUAUUAAAAUCUCUUGAGUAUUUACAUAAGAAGAAUAUUUUACACAGAGAUCUUAAACCAGAAAAUAUGAUAUUAAGAAAAAAAGGAAUUUUGGAUGAUUUAGUAAUCGCUGAUUUUGGAUUGGCUGAUUUUUAUGAUCCUUUUGGAAACUAUAUGUUCUAAAGGUGUGGUACUCCUGGAUUUGUAGCACCUGAAAUAUUGUAGGACAAAUUAUAUGAUUCUAAAGUAGAUAUAUAUAGUGUUGGAUGUCUAAUGUAUUUAUUAUUAUUUGGUAAAUCACCAUUUAAGGGAUCUACAUAUGAUGAAAUAGUAAUGCGUAAUUUCAAUUGUAAAGUUGAUUAUCAGUCUAUAGAAUCAAUUAUAUCUAUUUAAUGUAUAUUUUCUAUUUUUUAAUAUAGGUCUUUAAUUAUUAAAAUUAUUAUUAAAUCGUCGACCAUCAUAAAGACCAAAUCCUAAAGAAGCAUUAAAGCAUGAAUGGUUUAUGCUUAAUUUAGAUAACUAAAGAUAUAGAGAAUUGAAUAAUAAUGAAGAAUAAGAUUAAUUUACUAAAGAAAUAAAUAAAUAAAUUUUAAAUGAUGUUAGAAAUUGUGGAUAUAUGAAAUAUUUUAGUGGUAUAUAAACUUAUGAAAAACCUGAAUAUUCUACUCCAUAAAUAUCUUAUGUAAACAAAAAAUAAGAUGCAUCAAUAUAUACACCAUAGUAUGCUAUAAUGCAAUCUAUACAUGAAUAAUUUAAAGAUAGUGAAAAAAAGAUAUCAAUAAGAAAUUUAGAAGAUGAGUUUGGAGAUAUAAUAUUAGAAAAAGAAUCACCUUAAUCACAUAAAUUACCAUAAUAUUAAUUGAUAGGAAAAUUGAAGAAAGUUUUAGAUUAAAAUCAUUCAUCUUAGUAACAUUCUAUUAUUAUUAAAGUAUAAAUCUAUUAAUAUAAUAAGAAAUAAUCACAGAACUAAAUAAAAGAUAUUGAACAUCAUCUACUUUCUAUUACUCAGAUUAAUUAAAAUCAAACUUAAUAUAAAAUUGUAAAUAAAAUAAAGAAUAACUUAAAGAAUCUUGAAUAAGUUUGA